CGGGUCCUUGGGGCAAUUCGGUUCGCAGUCAACUGGUUUCGCGAAGUACUCUCGUUUGUUCCUGACUACCGCUUGCAAGGAGAGACUAUGAGAGGGGAUGAUUCGACAGCGGACGCUGAGGAUGAUGGCGAGCGUGAGGGUAAAGGGAGCGGUGGAGGCAAUGGCGGGUCAUUUUGUGGGUCGGAUGAUUCGCUACUGCGUUCAGGGCACGGGUCACAUCGUGGCCGCAGAUCGCGCGGGCGGCCACCAAGCCGUGGCAGGUCUCGUUCGCGUUUCGAAUAUACUUCAGCAGCAGUUGUUCUAUGCGACCAUUACUGCGGGUAUGACAUAUACCGUCCUCAACGACUUCUGCAUCGCUCUUGGGGUGGCACCUGUGCACAAGCCCAUUUUUUACAGUUGCAUGCGCGGUGAGCCGAAUGUGCGUGAGGGUUGGAAUGCAAAGGUUGUAAGGCAGGGCGUGCGGUAUUGCGACUUGGGCAUUGACACGGUUAUGCGAUCAGGGAGACCCGUCACUUUGAUGGUUGACGGUCGCUACGACUCGACCAGGUCUGCACAGCAUUGCACUGUUACCGCGAUUGAGUGUGAUACUCGUCUUGUGGUGGGUGUUCACACUCUUCGGCCAAAAAAGGAGGGAAAGGCGUCGGACCAACUUGAGGUUCCUGCUGUUGUGCGCCUGUUGAGAGGCUUGUUGUCGAGGGGGUUGAAGAUCCGGUGUAUUGUCUCCGACGAUUGUGCUGCAUUGGGUCCACAGUUGGAGCGCCUGGGUAUUGAAUGGCAGAAGGAUGGUCAUCAUAAGCUUUGCAGAGAUGAGGGCGGCGACUUUGUCACUCUGCACAAUGAUGUCAUGAUGAUCGCCGACCAUUGGGCCGGGGACCACUCCAGAGGCGAGGAUACCAUUGCCCGUGACGAGGAGGACGUUGCUUCAGGUGCGGAUCCCGACGUUGUGGGGGAUGACGAUGUUUUCAUUAUUGGCGACGGGGAUGGGUUGCCUGUACCGGCGGAUGCCGUGUCCGAUCGAUCAUGCGAUUCUCCAUCGGACGCAGAUGAUGUCGAGUUGUUCGACGACUGACAUUAUAUUAUGUCGUAGUAUCUUGUACAUGCGUCUUUUUUGUCU